AUGGACCCCAUAACAUUCUCACUCGCCGUCGCGGGCAUCCCCGCCAUCUUCAAAUCAUGCGUCGACUGCUUCCAAUACAUCCAUCUCAGUAAAAGCUUCGGUCAGCAUUUCGGAUUCUGCCUUGCCGAACUCGAAGCCGUAGACGUAGAGUUCACCCGAUGGGGAGAGGCAAUGGGUCUGCUUGACGAGCCCUUCGAUCCGAACACUCUCUUCCAAGAAGGUUCGUGGAAGGAAGAAGACAUCAAGAAGGCCAAAAAGUGGCUCGCUUUGAUUCUGGACACAUUCGAAGACGCUAAGCGUAUGUCCGAUAGGUUCAAAGCGUCGAACGAAGAUGAUGAGCCUGAAUUGGUGGAAGUCCCAGACCAGAAAACCGAGCUUGAGAAAGCCCAACAGCCAGUGAAGAAGUUGGUCUUCUCCCUCCGAAAGCUCACAAAGAAGCGACAGCGAGUCGAGAGUCUUGGUCGGAAGAUCCAAUGGGCUUUGUAUAAGAAAGACGAUUUCGAUGGCCUGAUCAAGGAAGUGUCCGGUCUCGUCGAAAAGCUCGUGAAACUGUUCCCUGCCUUUCAUCAAAAACAAGUACAAUUGUGUGAGCAGGAGGUGAAGGAUAUCGAGCCAGAAUCAAUCCCCACGCUCAUCAAGGUUCUCGACGGUCGAGAUGAGCUUCUCAACCGUGCCCUUGCAAAAAAGACCCUAGUGAAUGGGCACAAACUGAGAGGUGCCGUCAUCACCAAAGAGGGCAAGAUAGUGAUUGGGGACGAUUUCGAGAAUGUCUUCGACACUCUGGCCCCUGGUGCAGACGUCUCGGACGUGAAGGUCGAUGACAAAGGGAGCCUCUCAAUCGGCCACAAAUACAAGAUAUCGACAGAGGUGGCAAUGGCAAAACUGAAGCUGGGUCAGUGA